GAGAGAGGAUAUUAUUUUUAAGUUAUGAGGAAAAUUUUCUUUCUUUUUCUUAAUAUAACAAGAAUAGUAUGUCAGUUUGGAAGUAGCGAUUUCUACUCUCUGUCCCCCUUUGAACGCAGUGCGUUUGAGGGUGUGCCAGGAAUCCCAGGAGACCAGCUAUAUAAAAUGGCAGACGGUUCUGUUUCUGAUGCUAUGAAGUUGAGAGCAAGAUUAGCCAUGUCUGCUGGUGGAGCUCAACCUGCACCCAUUGCAAUGCCAAGUGGUGCUGCGCCGGUUGUACCAAUUACCGUAUCAACAGGUGGCACUGCCUCAGUGACGCAACCAGUUGCCAGGGGUCGUGCUGCACACAGUGUACCGUUAACCAUUGCUAGUCCUCCAGUGUUAGGAGGCGCCCCCACCCAGAUUCCAUCUUUCUAUGCCUUACUGCAACCACAGUCCAUGGGGGCAUCGCAACUGGCAUAUAUGCCACCAGCUUACCCAAAUCGGGGCAUGAAUUACAACAUGGCCACCUGGGCCUUUAUUGAUUAAACAAAGACCAGGAAACCUAACUUGUGUAUUUUCAAUAUCUGAUACACUGUACAAGUUUAAAGUAAAAUAAAAGAGGUUUAUCAAUA